AUGGAGUUGAUCGAUGAGCUAGACGUGACAAGAAGAGGACCGUACAGUGGUGGAUUCGGAAGUAUUUCUUUCACAGGAGACAUGGACAUAGCUUUGGCACUUAGGACCAAUGUGUUCCCAACACAAGCUCCCCGUGCAGGGAUUGUAGCAGAUAGUGACCCAGAGGAUGAGCUUCGUGAGUGCCAGAACAAAGCUGCUGGACUGGCUCGUGCCAUAGACUUGGCUGAGUCUGCCUUUGUUAAUAAAAAUGAUAAAACUAUCUAG